AUGGCGAAGCGGAAGCGGCCAGGGAAGGCUCAGCCCACGAAGACCCGCACCCAGCUCAACAAUGCCAGGAAGAGGGCCGCAAAGAAGCGAGCAAAGCAGCAAGCCAAGCUCGUCGACCCCUCCUUGGUUUACAUCCAGAAUCCAUUGGGUGCACCAACAGUGGUUCGAGCGAAGGGCUGGUUCGCAGACUUGGGCAAGAAGCUCUCGUUGCGACUCGGUCCUCUGGAAGGCUGGCGAACGUCGGCCAAGUUGGCGGUGCGUGCGUCGGGCGCUUCUGGCGCAAAGAUCGGCCUUUUCGUGCCAAAGUCGCAUGAUGUGGUGCCGAUCAACGGCUGUGCCGCUCAUCACGCCUCCAUCAACACAGCUCUGGAGGCGAUCAGCACAGCAUGCAAAGCUGCGAGAAUUCGGGGAUAUGACGAAGACAAGGGAGAAGGUGACCUGCGGUAUGUGAAGCUGGAAGUGCAACGCUCCAGCGAGCUGGUGCAGGUCACCCUCGUCUGGCAUGCAAGCUCCCAGGAGGAGGCGGGGAAGCCGCUCCGGAAGCUCGUCACUGCACUCCAGCAGCACGAGCUGUGGUAUUCCAUCUGGGCAAACUUCCAUGCUGCAGACAAGCAUACCUCCCGCAUUCUAGCCUUGGAAAAGGAGGCCUGGGUUCAACUGGCCGGUCGCAAGCGCUGGCUGCGGGAGCCGUUGCAAAGGAGUGCCGUGCCCUAUCACUGCGAGCUGUGCUUUCCACCCUUCGUCUUCCGCCAGGCAAAUCUUUGUGCCUUUGAGCGGAUCGUUUCGGCGGUUCGGCGCUUUGUUCCAUUUGGCAGUGCUGUGGUGGAGCUCUACGCUGGCGUGGGUACAAUCGGCCUUCACCUGGCGGAUGUAGCUGGUUCUCUGGUUUGCAGCGACGAGAACCCAUUCAACCGUGCAUGCUUCCGUCGCAGUUUGAAAAGCUUGCCGCCGGACCUGCAGCAGAAGCUCGGCUAUGUAUCAGGCGAUGCAGCCUCGCAGGUUGACAGCAUUCCAGCGGCUGACGUUGUUAUUGUCGACCCUCCCCGAAAGGGCAUGGAGGACACGGUGUUAGAUGCUCUCACGCGACCGCCGAAGAGAAAGUCGGUGAAGCCAUACCGUCUCAUUUACGUCAGUUGCGGAUUUCCAGCCUUUUGCCGCGAUGCUGAGAAGCUGAUGCAGCAUGGCUGGACCGUCCUCCACGCCGAAGGCUUCGUGCUUUUCCCCGGUUCGGAUCAUCUUGAGACGUUCUGCGUCUUCGAAAGAACCUGA